UUUGGGAGUCCGGUUGGAGCAACGCAUGGUCACCGCGCCGAUGCGUGGAGGCCAUGGAUCACAUGGGACUAGCGGGGGCACAUCUGCAGCAGCAGCACGCGCAAGAGUCCAUCAGUUUCGGAAUCGACCAGAUUCUUUGCAGCGCGGAUCAGAGUUGCAUGCUGACUGCGAGGAUGCACGAGCCGGAUUACGGACACCCGGUUUACAACGGCAACGCCAACAAUGGCUUCGCGUGCACGAACGCCGGAUAUAACUGCAACGGCACUUCACUCGUUGGGUCUUAUCACAUGAACGUGGGGGUCAAUGUGAGCGGGCCUAAUCCCGUCGGGGUCAUCCGCGUGCCUGCGCACCGACCGGUGGCCGGCGGGAACACUUGUAUGCCGCCGGUAACCGGGAACAUCAACAACAUAAGUGCGCUUACCUUCCCUUGGAUGGAGAGCAACAGACGAUACACAAAAGACAGGUUCACAGUGUCUCUCUCACCGCUCACUGUAACACGUCGUGUAGGACACCCCUACCAGAAUCGGACGCCGCCGAAGAAGAAGAAGCCACGGACGUCAUUUACACGACUGCAGAUCUGCGAGCUAGAGAAGCGCUUCCACCGCCAGAAAUACUUGGCGUCUGCCGAGCGGGCCACUCUUGCCAAAGCCCUCAAAAUGACCGACGCUCAGGUCAAAACCUGGUUCCAAAACAGACGCACUAAAUGGAGAAGGCAGACGGCGGAGGAAAGAGAAGCGGAGAGACAACAAGCCAACCGGAUUCUAAUGCAAUUGCAGCAGGAGGCCUUCCAGAAGUCCAUCAACCAGCCGGUGACACCGGACCCGCUUUGCUUACAGAAUAGCUCUUUGUUCGCCCUGCAGAACCUGCAACCGUGGACCGAUAACACCGCCAAGAUCAGCAGCGUUACGGCCUGCGAGUAGGUGGCGAAUGUUUCUGCGGAGCCCAAAUGACUUGAAGGCUAUCAUGCUGGAAACCAUUUCUCUCCUGACUAUUUUUCCUUCUUCCUUUUCUCUGACGGAGCGUGCCUCUGGAAGGGGUACCUUGCACAAGCCCCGGGGAUCCAUCAGUCAUGAAAAAAAAUAGAAAUAAAAAAAAAAAUCACGUUUGAAAGGCGUUGCUAUCCCAGAAUGAACUCGAGUCUCAUGAACAGCUUUUUAUCUGAUUGUACCAUUGGACACUAAUGUAAUAUAGAGAGCGCCUUUGAAUAUAUGUCAAUUCAAGACAUGUUCAACAAAAGAUGUGAAUAUUGUUGAUGAUGGCUAUUUUAGUAUCGAUAUGGGCCAACAGGUCAACGAGCAUCUUAUUCAUAAGAUAGACUUCCAUAUCGUGAAAAUAUACCACCAGACAGUAGUUAAUUUAAUUUUACAUUUUAGCGGAUUCACAUUUUUAAUGAACAUUUAUGAAAGGCCUUCACUCGUAAAUCCGUCCAAUUCACUAAAUGGACAACU